AACCAAAGCUUGGUUCCGUUUUCCUCUUCACUCAAAUGGCGAGUGCGAUGAAGAAGGUCGACAAGAUUCGCCAAAUCGUGCGUCUAAAACAGCUCAUGUCGCGGUGGAAGCACAUCAGCCUCCGCCGCCGCCCCGACGCCACCACUCGCCGUCCACCUCCGGGGUUCCUCUUCGUCUACGUGGGAGCGGAACGGAUGCGUUUUGCCAUUCCCGCACGUUUCCUUAAUCUCCCCGUGUUUCACGGCCUCCUUAAACAGACCGAAGAAGAGUUCGGUCUCCGAGGUAACGGUGGGUUGCUCCUCCCUUGUCAAGUCCCUUUCUUCUCCCACAUCGUUAACUACCUCCACAAAGACGAACACAAGUACGGAAAACUCUCACUCCAAGACUUCGUUCAUCUCGUUUCUCACCUUGACGCCGCUUCUUGCAAGGAAAACGUCGUCGUUUUUGCUCCUCUGCUCCAAAAAGCAGAAGUUUGA